UCCCUUCUCGUUGUCCCCCCUCUCCAGGGUGUGCUGGCCGACUUCGCCCCCCCGACCGCUCCGCUGAUCCCCGCGCUGGUGGUGCAGUGCGUGACCGAGGUGGAGAAGCGAGGCCUGGCCGAGGCUGGGCUGUACCGGGUGCCGGGCGCGGAGCCGCUGGUGCGGGAGUGGAAGCGGCGGCUGCUGCGCGGCGAGGAGACCCCGAGCGGCGUGGCCGACAUCCACGUGGUGUGCAGCGUGCUCAAGGACUUCCUGCGGAGCCUCAAGGAGCCGCUGGUCACUUUCGGUCUGCACCCGGCCUUCCUGCGAGCUGCCGACAUCCCCGACGAGGCCGCCUGCGACACGGCCCUGCGGCACGUGGUGGGCAAGCUGCCUGCCGCCAACAGGGACACGCUGGCCUUCCUCAUGCUGCACCUGCUCAGGGUGUCACGCAGCCCCGACUGCAAGAUGGAUGUCCUCAACCUGUCCCGUGUCUUUGGGCCCACGCUGGUGGGGCAUGGCUCCGCCAACCCCACACCACUGGCCAUCAUGGAGGACACACCGCGGCAGUGCAAGGUGGUGGCUCGGCUCCUGGCACUGCCAUCUGACUUCUGGAGGGGUUUUGUGGGGACAGAAGAAGAGAACCCGGUGCCAACACCAGAUCCAAGCAGCAAACACGAGCCGCUGUUCUGCCCCAUCGCCGCCCCAGAGCCACACGUGGGGCAGCUGAGCCCUACCAGGACGUGCUGCCUGCCUGGUGCCCUGCGGAGCUGCGUGGGCACAGCCACCCAGGCACCGCAGAGGGCAGACCCUGGGAAGGUGGGGCGGUUCUUCCCCUCUCCAGUGUAGCUGUGGCUCCCUAGGGAUGGAGCUGGCGCCAGAAUAGCAAGGAGGAAGAGAAAGAGGAGGGCAGCGUGGGCCUGUGGUGCUCAGCUUCCCUGUAGCUUUGGGUGGUACAGGGAUGAUGCCCCACACUGGGCUUGGUGGUUGGUUUGUAUUAAAUGUUUGCAGCAAAAUUGGCCUGGGUGUGAGUGGCAUCUGCAGCACGAGAGCUCCAGGUUGUGUGGACAGGAUUGGGCUGGGCUGAGGGCUCAGUGGGCAAGAGCUGUGCUGAAAGCACUGUGCACAGCAGUCCCCAGCAUCCUGUUUCUACAGGGACAAGGCAGCUGCCAUCACUCCUGGGCUGGGUGGGCAGGGAGGGAAAGACAGGGCCCCCUGCAGCCCCUCUACUGAGGGGCCCCUUGUCAGCCCAGAUGCUGAUGGUCUCCAGUAAUCAGAGCUGCUGCUAAGGGCAGAACAGCCUCAAGACUUCCCACCUUCCUUUUAACUCAGGGCCCCUUUUAACUCCUUCCUCCCCUUCAGCAGAGCUGCAACAUGCAGCAGAAGUAUGCAAGGCUCUGCUUGCAGCAGAGUGGGUAGAUGGGCAAUGGCCCAGGUAGGGCUUGUUUUUUCCCCCCUCCCCCGACACCUAUAAUGUAGCACAAGGAACAGGCAGUAAAGGGGUUACUUAAGGAAAAGGGGCCUUGCACAACAGGGGGAAAAACUGCCAGAGCCAUGUCCAGCAGCUGAGAAACCUUUGUCCAUACUAAAACCCAGGGCAGAUAUGGGACACAG